UCUGCGUCGUGGGCGUUUGCGAAAAUUCCCCGGAUGCGGUUGUGAUUGACUCUACACUGCAAGUUGAGCGCGAGUUGAGAGUCUGCAGCCUGUGUGGUACUGUAGGUGGCUCCCAGGAAGACGACAAGCAGGAUGCAGACCAUAAAGUGUGUAGUGGUGGGGGACGGUGCCGUGGGUAAAACCUGCCUCCUCAUCUCCUACACUACUAACGCGUUCCCUGAGGAGUACAUCCCUACUGUGUUUGACAACUACAGUGCCCAGAUGACAGUGGACGGCCGCACCAUCAGCCUCAACCUGUGGGACACCGCGGGGCAAGAGGAGUACGACCGUCUCCGCACCCUCUCCUACCCCCAGACCAACGUCUUCAUCAUCUGCUUCUCCAUCGGGAGUCCCUCGUCGCACGCCAACGUCCGCCACAAGUGGCACCCGGAGGUGUCCCACCACUGCCCCAGCGUGCCCAUACUGCUGGUGGGGACCAAGAGUGACCUGAGGGCCGACGGCGAGACGGUGAAGAAGCUGAAAGAGCAGGGCCUGGCUCCCACCACCAUGCAGCAGGGCAACAGCCUGGCCAAGCAGAUCGGCGCCGUGAAGUACAUGGAGUGUUCUGCUCUGACGCAGGAGAAGGUCCGGGAGGUGUUCGCCGAGGCUGUACGGGCAGUGUUGUAUCCUGUUACCAAGAAGAAGAACAACAACAAGUGUGUCCUAUUGUAAUGGAAUAUCAGGGAUACCGGGACUUUGGAAGGAGGUGGGGGGGGGGGGU